GUUCCUCGCACAAAGAAAACAGUUUCAUGACGUCAUUUGAUGCAUUUGAUGACGUAUUAUACUCAAAUCAAACUUUGUUUGCUAUUUGCUUUUCCUCUUCCUUGGCGGCGGCGUGGUGUCUUUUGUGUGUGUAACGUUUUUCUCGUUUGAUUAUGGCUGACGACGGCCCUGAUGUAAAAAAUCAAAAGAAAUCUGUAAAACAUGACAGUGGCGCUGCAGAUCUAGAGCGAGUGACCGACUAUGCUGAGGAAAAGGAAAUUUCAUCAGACAUAACAGGGGCUGUGGCUACGAUUGGCGAACGGCGCAGAAAAGAAGCUCAGGAGAAGAUGGAGCGGGAAAUCGAACUGGCCAGGGUGGCCAUCAAGAAGGAUGAUGUGGAGCUCAUUGGCGCCGUCGACACGGCUCCCGUCGCAGAGGCCGUCCUCCAGUGGCUCACCGACAACAAGAUCCACCACACGGUGUUCGCGCGCACCGUGCUCGGAUGGAACUCGGCCUUCACGCCGCUGCUCCGCAAACCGGUACCCUGGCACGAGGCCGACCAGCGCACGCGCAAGGCCUACCAGGAGAUGCUGGGCUGGCUGCAGCGGCCGCACCAGGAGCGGCUCGACACAGUGCGCGAGAAACAGGACCAGAUGAACCGCAAGCGGCGCACCGAGAGCUCGCAGAAGGAUCAGCGCCGCCGGCGGCCGGACGCUGCCGGGCCGCCGCUCCAACAGUCGCCGAUGGGCGUCGGCGGCCUGCCCGGGGAGCCGCUGCCCGGCUUCGGCAUGGCCGUCGGCGGCCUGUCCGCCGAGCCGGCCGGCUACAGCGAGGACGAGUUCUCGCAGCCGGGCCUGCCGGCAGUGGGCACGCCGUACGCGCCGCUGGCCGGCGGCGGGCCGACCGCCGUGGCGCCGCCCUCCUACCAGGACUCGGUGGUGCAGCAGCAGCAGAUGGUGGGUGGAGGUGGGUACCAGGAGCGGCCGCCGCCACUCUACAGCGCCCCGCUGCCCGGCUACGAGGAGCUGAGCGGCGGCUACGGCGCGCCGGUUGGCUCCGAGCUGACGUUCGCCACUCAGCUGGGGCCUGUCGAGCAGCAGCCCGCGCAGCCUGCACCCCCGCAGCAGCAGACGGCGCCUCUGUCGCCGCCGGAGCUGAUGCCGCCAGCGGACGGACGGCCGCUGCGCUCCCAGAUCAGCCCGCUGCAGAGGCGCGCGCUCAUCGACAUCUACCACGUGACGGCUAGGCCCUCGUCGGCGAUGCGGCAGCUGAUCGCCAGCAAACUGGACCUGCCCCAGCGCACCGUCACGAACUUCUUCAGCGCGGCCCGCACGCGAGGCAUUCGUAAACAGAUGGGUCCCACGGCGGGCGAAAAGGAACUACCGGCGGUGGACGCGCGCCCCUGAGGGCCGAGCGCCGCCGCAUGUCUGUGUCGCUUCCAACAGUGCCUUUACAUGGUUGUACAAACUCGCGGUCGAAGCCGGCAGGCUGGCUGGCGUCUGCUGUGAACUGAUGUGCCUUGAGGGCGUUGGACGCCAGCUAUAGCCGUUAAUGGAUUUUGAGACCUCGCUGGAUGGCUCCCGAAGAGCGCAGAUCUUUUUACCUGAUAUUUUGGUAUCGAUGAUAUUGUACCGCGGCGUCUUCCACGGACGUCUUUGGCUGUAAAAUCGGAGGUGAAUUGGGUUGUUCUGCGCAGAUUGAUUUUAUGACUGAUUACAAGGGCCUUGUGCUGGAACCUGAUUGUAGCCCGAAUCUCAGAGGAGACUCGUUCGCCGAAAUCGCUAUUGGCUCAGUUAGAGUCUGAGCGGUUAGACGAGAAAGACGUAUUCAGCAGUGCUUUCGUAAAAGAGCAUAAUUGAGCUAGAGCGGCGUGCGCCCUUCAGUUAGUGAGGCGCCCGAUUGGUACCGUAUGACCUGAUCGUGUUCAGUGCCUUGUGUGGUGCCGUGUUGAUUAAAGGCCGUCGCUUGCGCCCUGUUGGUCCUGUGUCCCUGUCGUGUUCAGUGCCUUGGGAGGUGCCCGGUUUGCGCCUGUGUGCGCGUCCUCCCGAUGUCCGCAUUUCUGGGCCGUGUUCAGUGCCUUGUGCCGGGUGGCUGGCGGCUGGCGGUUGUGUUAUCGCGGCCCUCCCAGUUAGGGAGCGCUCGGCCGGCCGGCAGGCGGGGGUUCCGUGCUGCCGGACUGCGGUAGUUGGGUCUGUGUGGGGGUCAGCUAUAUACCUAUACCGUCCUAGUGUGAGGGGUUUGAGGGAGCUCCCCCGCCUGGUUUAUAGCAGGGUGCCACAAAUACGGACGUAUGACCGAUUUUAGAUGGUCCUUUCUGUUAGCAUUUGCAUGUCGCGAGCAGCGUAUUUUUGUUUGUUAUUCUGUAUGAUAGUCUAUUUUUGUCUUGAUUGUCGUUCCUCCAAUAAAGGUAUCCCGCAUGGUCUCAGAAA